UCCAGACAUGACGCUGCUGUCGUUGCAUCCUUCAGCUCGGCUUCUUUCUCCUUCACCCUCUGCACGAACAUCUGCCUCAUCUCAUCUUCUCUCCUCUGCAGCUCCAACAGAAACUCCUGACGCUUGGCCUCCAAACUGCGACCUCUAGCAGUCACUGCCCGAUACUGCUGUAAACCCCAGAGGGAGGGGAGGAAGAAGAGGAGGACGAAGCCAUAGAGAAGAUGAUGCUGUCAUCUGUUAUCGACUGCGGGGCAUGACUGCCACCUCAACGCGGACUCAGUUGGAAACGUUUCUUUUAGAAAUGCCCUUUAUUAGCGGCGUGUUCACGGUCCACCAGUAGGACGAUGUCGAACCCCAAAAUCACUGAGCAAGCCGUGCAGGAGUUCCUGAUGGAGAGAGGGAGGGUCCAGGAGAUAGAGCUCAUUGAUCAUUUCCUAUCAGAUCUCGGGGGAAAUGAGCAGUCGGAGGAAGGGGUGGAUCGCGAGGUGUUUGAACGUGCCGUGGAGAGCGUGGCUUCGAUGAAAGUGGAAGAUGGUGUUAAAUUCGUGUGUUUGAAUAGUGAAGAGUCAGUGAUGUGUGCGGACGCGGAGUGCAACGGAAACAUCCCGCAGCCCGUGGACAACGGUGUUAAUGGCAACCCCGACAACGGAGAACAAACAGAAGUACCCAGCACUCCUGGUCCAAACCUGGACAAUGGCCAACCAUCAAAUGGCAACCAGCAGCCCUCCACCUCCUCCCAGACCAAGACCAACCCUGGGAAUUCUACCUUUGGUGGAAGAGGCGAGGUGAAGCUGAGGGAUAGGAGGAGGCGAGAGUCAGCCCCAAUUAUUGGGAUGCCAGAUCUGGACCAGGCACACCAGACGGUAUGGUCUCAAAGUCAGCAGGUCAGAGCUGCACGGAGGAUCUCCAAGGGCUCCCAGAGGGCCAUGCUGACCAGCGCUCUGUCUGAGGACAGCAGUCUGGAGGGGGUGGAUCUUUUAGGAGACAUCAACACGCCCAAAGGGAGCCGAAGAAACUUCAUCGAGCUGAUGAUGAGUAGUUCUCCGCAGGUUCGGAGGUCUCUUAUCAACCGCGGCUCACGCCUCCGGGACUCCUUGAAGAGUGAGGGUGACACGGUGUCCAUCCUCUCCUCGGCCACCGAUGAAGACUGCGCCUCGGUGACUUUGGACCCUCUGGAGCACGAGUGGAUGUUGUGUGCAUCCGACGGCCUAUGGGAAAGCCUGCAGCCUCUGUUGGCUGUGGAGCCCAGCCUGGUGAAUAAGAAAGACUUUGUGACCGGCUUCACUUGUCUUCACUGGGCAGCCAAGCAGGGCAAAGUUGACCUGCUCUCCCAGCUGCUGGCCUUCGCCAAAGAAAACACUAUACCUGUGAAUGUGAACGUGAGAUCAAGUGCUGGAUACACGCCGCUGCACCUGGCAGCCAUGCAUGGACACACACAGGUGGUACGAGUGCUGCUGUCAGACUGGGAUGCAAACCCAGAGACUCGAGACUACAGUGGGAGACGAGCCAUCCAGUACCUUCCCCCACCCGUGGCUGCCGACCUGCAGGAGGCCGGACUGGUCACUUCACCGGGGGCCGAGUCAGAUGGUGAAAACACCAAUGGCGGGAGAGGGCGUGGCUGGAGGUUUCCCAGAGUCCUCGCUGGGAACCUGAACCCGCUGCGGCUGCUGAACUCAGCGGCCGAAGCGUCAGAGGAAGUGGCCGGGAAUGUGAAGAGUAAAGGAGGAAUGCAGCGGAAGUCGUCGCUGAGCCGCCUGAAUGCACGUCUGCACCGUGGACGCCACCGAGCCCAGAUCAUUCACAGCGCCUCCUUCAGGGACUCUGGAGAAGUGGGAGGUGGAGGAGACGACCUCAACAGCAGUCCUCUCCGCACUCGGCCACUGUCAAACCUGUUCGGUUGAGUUCCAAGCAGUUGAAACCAGCAGAAAAAUAUGUUGUACCAGUUGGAUUUACGGGAAAUAUUUCACUUUUUUAUUUUGGUUUAAAAAAUCUGCCAGAAUUUCUAACACACACCAAACUUUGUAGUCAAGCUUUUUUUUUUAGGUUGAUCACAAAAGAAAUAACCAGAUUUUUCAUAUUGUUUUUACAUAUAUGUUUUUUUUUUUCACUAAGACACCGUUGAUUUAAAAAGCGAUUUACUUUUGAUUUCAUUAAUAUUUGUUGUUUAUGUAACUGAUGUUUUCAUUAUAUUUAUGCACUUAUGUUAAUGUAGCAAAUUUACACCAGCUUUCAUUUUAAUUAAUUCUAAACACUAUAUCACACAGAAGUUAAAACUCACAAAAGUUGUUUUUUUGGGGGGUUUUUUCACACGGUUGUUGAUUCUCGGGUGAUAAUUCUAACAGCUCACUCUCUACACUUCCUAAUUCCGCUGGAUGGUGAUGGUGUUUCCUUAAAGUAUUUUCUUUUUUAAUAAUGUGAAUAUUUCUUAUUGUUUCAAGUAGCAGAUAUUAACAUAUAAGCGGUUGUCAUCACAGAUGUGUCGUCUGUCCAGAUAACCGUGUCAUGUCGUCACGUUUGCACUAGUCACUUUGAAAACUGCCGGCAAUAAAGGGGAGAGAACCUCUCCAGUCAAAACCAUGGCAGCUGCAGCGGUUCCUGUUCACCUCGCGUGAAUAGAGUACGGUACUGUUACCUUACUAUUCUAAAAGUUCUAACAUGUGUUAUAUCACUACAAUACCUUCAGUACUUCCAGACUGCCAUGGGUUUAAAUGAGCCUGUUAAUGAUGUAAAGACACUCUCCAGUCACACAGGGUGUUUAAAAAGCACAGUCAAAGCCAGCAGCACUGAUACUGUAAAUGUACUCCUCUUCUAACCAUGAUGUACCUCAAAACUGAUUUACACCUUUCUGUAGUUUUAAUGGCAGGGGGCACUGACUGGUGUGAGUUUCUGAAUGUCUGUUGCACGUUUUUUACAGUGUUUACGGGGGGACGGGUGUUGAAUAUUUCCAUUUCCCAUUCCAAUUGUUAUUAUUCCACAAAUGUGCAAUUUUGUGCAUCAUUUCAAUCCAACGGUACAUAUACAGUAGUGUAGUAUGGCGUUCCCAAAAAGUUCACAUUAAACUUCCAACAAAGAUCCUGUU